UGACGUCUAAUGAAAUGGGGAAUAUCAUCUGUCCGUACUUCCUGUUUUUGAGUUCUGACCUAUCGCGUGAGACCUAUUAUAUGAUUAGCUUUUGGGGAACMCCCUAAUAAUCAUGAGUUAUUUCAGUUUCAAAACCGUUCGUUUCUUGGUAGUCGCUUGGUGUUUAUCGAGAUCUUUGGWGCUUUUCCCGUUGUUCAAUCUGAACCGUCGAUUUGCACAGCUCUAACUAUCUUAUUGUAGUUUAAUGGAAGUAUUUCUAAUAUUUUCCAUGAUGUAAAAUCGAAGAAACUACCAAUUGACGAGACAAGUUCGGAGUAAAGAAAGCUGACAAAGACAACGUUUUUUCUCCUUGCUAAGCCGCAACAACGUCAGUCUUUUGCAUGAUCCGCCACAGCGCGAGGCUCUGAACAGAAAGAUAUCAAGAAAGAGAUAUACCAGGUACAGUGAACAUACCAACUUAAAAUGGCGGGCAAUGUGAUGCUCCCUCCUCAAUUUCAACAAACCUUUGCAGACGUCGAUAAACUUCUGAGCCAACACGAAAAAACAUAUAUUAUUCAAAGUAUGAAGGAGAGAUAUCCAAGGAAAUUGGAUGGCUUGGAUGAUGAGGAUUUUUUGGAGUUACAGAAAGCAUUGUUCAAAAUUGGCGCCAUCACAAACGACCUGUCGCUAAUCCCGAAAAUCACGGCAAAUGCAGAGAAAAAGGAAGAAAUCCAAGCCGUCAUUGACAAAUGUGAGCCACUAGAGAUGAAAAAAUUUGUAGGAAGAGAAGCUGAUGUCGAAAAAGUUGUCAAGAAGCUUACUAAUAAGUGGAAUUGUGUUCCGGGAGUUAAUUUUUUUGGAGAAUCAGGAGUUGGCAAAACUACACUUGCCCAAGAAAUUGCAAAAUCUCUGAAAGAUUUCCAGCUGAUCACAAUCGAUUUAAGAGGAAUUAUUGACAUGGGAAAUGUCUGUUUUCAUGUUCUUGACGGAUUCAAACUGCCAGCUUGGGAUAAGGAUAUCAGUAGAUUCAUCUCAUACCUUAAAACUCUGAAAGAUAAAACCCUUUUGAUUCUUGAUAAUGUUGAGCAACUACAUGUUAUCCCAUCAGAGAAAGAGACUGAGAGCCAAAAAGCAGAGUUUUUUGAUUUUCUUCUUGAGAUAGUUACUUCAACAGCUUGUAAAAGUGCAAUUCACAAAGUAAUUUUGCGUGUAGAGGGAAAGAAUUUAAAGUAUGAUACCCAUGCUCAGUUCAAAGAUUUUGUGAAAAAGUACCUUUGUAAAGCCCAACCACAGUACAAAGAGACUUAUCAAGAGGGAGAAAAACAUUUUUUUAUUCACUUCUCUGGCAAAAUGAGCAAACUUGCUCAACAUUUAGAUAAAGAUUGUGUCAAUGUCUAUUCAAAGCUUGAAGGAAACCGAGCUAAUUUUGAACUGGCCAUUGACAUUUCAAAGAAACGAAGUGAAGUCUUUGAUGUUCUUCUCCAUUGUGAUAACCAUACUGAAACAAAUUUGAUGGGCCUUUUAAUUGAAGCUUUCAAAGACAUCAACGAAAGAAAGAUGCUAUAUUCGCAGUACGCUGAAAUUGCAGAAAGAUUAGAGAAAUGGUUAACCAGUGCACAGUUAAGAUGCUGGCAGGCUUUACAGGGAGCWGASAUGGAAGGRACRCKCGAUGCCAAUSAAGCACUCUGUAUUGCAAAAGAGUCYUUGAAAAAGGCAGAGCAACAACCGCAACARCAGCAGGAACARCUURAUUCUGCUAAAAGUCUGUUUCUUCAUGCCAGUGGAAGAAUUAAGUGGCUCCAUGCUUCAAAAUCGCAGGACUCAAGAGAAAAGAAAGAMGAAAUUCAAGAAGGGAUUAGACAUUUSRAGGAAGCUCUGCAGCUGAGUGAGGAUGCAACAAAAGGGCAAGCCAGUACCAUGAAUGCUCGGAUUAUCAAUCUGAUUGGGAAUUGCUACAUGGAGCUAAACGAUCCUUCGACUGCAGAGACRUACUUUCUCAGCGCAUUGGAAAUGAAAAGGAMACUUGUUGGGAGYGACARCCACUGGGAGAUCCCGACAUACUACAACCAAAUSGCGCAGGYUCACGAGCGACGUGGUAUGGAAAUGGRAAAGUCUUUUUUCGCGUUUCGGUAUAAAAAGAAAAUUGAUGCAGAAUACAAUGCUGCWGUAGAAUGGAUGGAAAGAGCUCUUAAACUUCAAGACGAUUUAGGCGUCAGUGAUACAGAACACACCGCCACAUUUCAAAGAAACMUUGCAAACUCUUUAAUCGGUAUUGGGGAUUAUGAYAAGGCGCUGUUUUAUGCAAACAAGUGUUGUGAAAACAGACUAAAACGGCUGGGUGAACAUCCUGAUACUGCUAGGAUUCUGUACCUAACAGGAAUUAUUCACGAGUGGAGGAAAGAUAUCGAGAGUGCACGYAAAAGCUAUGAACAGGCUUUUGAAAUGGAAGAAGCACUUCCAGAAUACAAUCACAGCMUUGUGAGGACAUUGAUUCGGGAGAGAUUGGAAGCGAUGUACAAAAWGCUGAAACUAAAGGAUAAGAUAGAMGAGCUKAAAGAGAGAAUUAAAGAGAUAGAAGAGGAGCAACAGUACUCUGGUCACUGGAAAUACGAUCCAGCUUCGAACGAUGUGUACAGGAUGAAAAGUAACCCCAGAGGAUUGAUGGUCAUCAUUAACAUCCAGAAAUUUGCUGUUGAUCCUACACUUGAAAACCGUGAGGAGCUCAUGAAAGAAUUAACCGAGCGCAAAAGUUCUGAGAGGGAUGUUGAUGAUUUAACUGAUUUUUUCAGUGGAAGGCUAAAUUUCAAAGUCUGCACCAUCAUAGACAAACCAAGAAUUGAAAUUUUGUUAGAAUUGCGAAGUUUUGCUGAAGACUCUGCCUACAAAGAUUACGACUGUCUUGCAGUAUGCAUCAUGAGUCAUGGAAAAGACGACAAAUUCUACACACACGAUGGAAACACAAUCAAAGUCUCAUCUGUUUACAACAUGUUCUGCAACUCGAUGUGUGAGGUUUUUCGCUUCAAGCCAAAGCUGUUUUUUAUACAAGCAUGCAGUCGACAAAAGGGCAGUAAGUUUGUCGCAGCCGAUGGGCCAUCGGUAGAAUCUUCAGUACAGCAUCCACAUACAGAGAGCAAAGAUGCUGAUAUGGCAGACAUGCUCAUCGCUUACUCUAGUUUUGAAGAUUACAACUCAUACCGACACACGGAAGAAGGAAGCUAUUUCAUCCAAAGCUUGGUUCGAUUUUUCCUAGAAUAUGCAGAUUCGGAACAUGUUGAAGAGAUAUUGACAAGAUUCAUUAAAGAUCAAGCUCACAGGCUUGUACAAAAGACAUCGCAAGGCCGAACACAAGUCCCAGCUCCUGUAUCAACACUCCGCAAAAAACUGUAUUUCUGGCCAGGAAUGGAUUUUGAUAAAAAAUCCUAAGGAAUACAUAGAUGUGAAAAUGGUGAACCCUAGCAAACUCAGACUUUACUCGUUCAAAGGACAUAUUGGAUUCAGCGAUUACAUUCAUCUUCAGUUUUAAAAGAAGUUCUAGAAAAAAAUCAUUAGACACUGGCAGGGUUUUUCAAUGCUUUGAGAAAGCGUUGGGCUCGUUGCCCUGAUCAGCAACUAGCGGACAUUAUAACCAAUUACUCAAUAGGAGAAUUAAACAACUUUUAAAGAUGAAUCCUGAAUCUUAUACUAAGGUUAUAGAGAAAAAAACUAGAGUAGUUUUUAAUGUUUUUUUUUUGGAAUUUUAGAUUUAUUGUCUCAUAAUAGACGCCUAAGAAUAUAUCAAAUAUUUUCAAAGUAAUGUUUAGUAAUUUAAGAGGAAACAACAAUUCUUCCUUCGUAAAAUGUUUUUUUAAAUCUAUUUUAUAAUCUAUUUUUUAAUGUGUUUAAAUUGAAAUGUAGGUAUAUAGUUUUAUAGUUCUAGCUAGAAGUAUUUCAUAAAAAAGCUCAAAGCUAUGUCAAUUAUAAUCACUUUAUAGUCUACAAUUAGAAAGUUUUAUAAUCUUGCGAUUAAAAUCGCAUUUUACUUUAAUAGGAACAAAAUGUUUGCAAAUUAUCCAUCCGUUUUAGGGAGAAAAGUCGAUCAGUUAUUAAYAUUUGUAGGAAUUUGUAAAGAAAUAAUUAAAGGUGUUUAGCAA